AUGACAUCGACCGAAGAAAUCGACAACACAAUCACACACCCCGGAAGCGUCAAGAUCAAUGUCACCGGCGCCUUCAUUGUCGACCCUGACGCUGCAACACCCGCGCAGAACGGCAGCGACAAUGGAAGAGUCAGUCCGUCGCAUCACGAGACAAGCGACAUCCGGCUGCCAAACCACACGGCUGUGGUCAGCCAUAUCGCAGUAGAUAUUGGCGGCUCUCUUGUCAAGCUCGUCUACUUUUCUCGCGAGGUCGAUUCCACAGACCCUGGCGGUCGCCUCAACUUCCAAUACUUCGAGACGGAUCGCAUUGAUGACUGCAUCGAGUUCAUGAAGCUGCUGCGCGACAAGCACAAAGCUCUCAAUGGGUCGCGGUCGCAGGAGCUAUGCGUCAUGGCCACUGGUGGCGGCGCAUACAAGUUUUACGACAUCAUCCGAGACGCAUUGGAAGUCGAGGUAUUGCGAGAAGACGAGAUGGAGUGCUUGAUAGUUGGGCUCGACUUCUUCAUCCAGGAAAUUCCCCGCGAGGUUUUUACCUACUCCGAAGCAGACCCCAUGCAUUUCGUCAGUCCCCGAGAGAUCAUAUAUCCAUAUCUUCUUGUAAACAUUGGCUCUGGCGUUUCCAUGCUCAAGGUUACGGGCCCUCGGUCGUUUCAGCGAGUCGGCGGCACAUCCCUCGGCGGCGGUACCCUCUGGGGUCUUCUCUCUCUUUUGACCGGGGCACGAUCGUUUGAUGACAUGCUAGCCGAGGCCGAACACGGCGACAACACCAAAGUGGACAUGAUGAUUGGAGAUAUAUAUGGCGCCGACUAUGGCAAGAUUGGCCUUAAGAGCACCGCCAUUGCGUCCUCGUUUGGAAAAGUGUUCCGCAUGAAGCUGCAAGCCGAGGCUGCAGAAGCUGCAGAAGCUGCGGGCAAGUCGGAGCAUCAUGACAGCAACAGUGAUGUGCAUGGUGAUGCUCAUGACGAUUCGCAUCCCAGCCAUUCCUUCUCCUCUGCCGACAUAUCAAGAUCCCUGCUGUAUGCCGUCUCCAAUAACAUUGGUCAAAUCGCCUACUUGCAGUCACAGAUCCACAACCUCAACGACAUUUACUUUGGCGGCUCCUUUAUCAGAGGCCACCGCCAGACAAUGAACACGCUCAGCUACGCCAUCAAGUUCUGGAGCAAGGGCGAGAAGCAGGCCUACUUUUUGCGGCACGAAGGCUACCUCGGUGCUGUCGGUGCGUUCCUCAAGAGGCAGCCGGCCAACUGGGGCCGCAGAGCAAGUCUCGAGGGUAUCGAAGACCUUCAAGAAUGGCGAAAGAGCCUAAAGAAGACAGAGUCAGAAACGAAAUCAUGA